CACUAUACCCAGAUUUACCUUGACCCUGGUUCCAAAAUUUAAUAGUGUCUGUCUCAUGUUGGUUUUAUAUCUUUUGUCGGUUCACCAUUUAAUCUAUUAAAUAUUGGAUUAAAAAAAAAAAGAUAAAGCUCCCUGCUGGUGGUCUGAACAUGGAGGACUAUCCAAUAGAUAGUAUUAAUCAAGAUGUGUCUGAGAUUGUUUACACAACUCACACCACUGGGCUUGGGCAAUUUUUUGUCCACAUUGAUAGCCAGUCCUACAUCCUUGAUGAUAUCAUGGAGAAAUUAGCUAACAGAUACAUGGAACUGUCACCAUCUGACAAAGUUUUGCCCAUUAAAAAACCUGGAACACUCUGUGCAGCAAAAUUCAUUGAAGAUAAUAAUUGGUACAGAGCCAAGAUAACUGGAGUUAUUAAAAAUGAUUUGAUUGAAGUCAACUUUGUUGAUUAUGGAAAUGUAGACUAUGUAAGUGAGGACUGUCUUAAGGCUCUUGAUCCAGAUCUCAUGCUCUAUCCUGUGCGAAGCUACAAGUGUGUACUAAAAGGUGUUUCAGCUAACCAGUCGUUUUGGACACCCGAGGUGAUGGUCCAGUUUGAAGAUUUAGUUCUGGACAAAAGAUGUCGUGCUGUUUUCAGAGGCAAGAAGGAUGAUGAUACUUAUCUAAUUGAUAUGUACGAUGAAGAAGAUAAUUCCAUCAACAAACUAUUUGGCGCUGCCAAUGAAGUCAGUGGCUUUACACAGAUCAGCAAAAAAGUGGGGGACAAGCUACAGGGAACUGUUGUUUACUGUAAAAGUCCCAAUCUCUUCUGGUGUCAGGAGAGUGAAUCGGUCAACGAUGUCAUAAUCCUAUCAGAGGAAUUGUCCAGACUUCAUAUGACUCAGGACAUGAGGCCAUUACACAACUGUGUCCCAGGGAUGAUUUGUGCUGCCAAGUUCUCAGAAGAUGAAGCUUGGUACCGUGGAAUAAUAAAGAGUGUCUCAGGGCGUGUAGCUGAAGUUACUUUUGUUGACUAUGGCAACACAGAGAAGGUGGACUUGGAUUCAGUUACUAACCUGAAACCAGAGUUGAUGAGGUUGCCUGCACUGGCCAUAAAGUGUUGCUUGGCAAACACUGAAGUCAUAGAAUGGCCCCAUCAAUUACUUGAUCAAUUUGAGUCCUUAGUUAUGGAUAAAGAAUUCGAAAUGACUAUUGUCGGCACCAAAAAUGAUAUGUAUGAAGUGAAACUGCUGGAUAUAAUUGAGAACACUGAUGUUGGUGGCCAGCUAAAGCUUUUUGUUGAAAAACUUAAGGGGAAGCCAGACAAAGUUUCUAAAAGUGUGCCUUUGAAAGAAUCGGAUUUGAAGCCAAUCACUGUAGGCUCUAAAUUUGAAGUCUUUCUUUCAUGGAUUGAGAGUCCUUGGCAGUUUUAUGUACAAAGAGUUGAUUCACAACACAUCUUGGAUGAUUUGUCAAACAAGCUUCAGCAGCAUUACUCUAAGCCCCAACCAAGUGCAACACCUACUCCAGGGACAAUCGUAGUGGCCCGAUUUUCUGAAGAUCAAAUAUGGUACCGUGGAAUAGUCCUUAAAGAAUUAGAAAAUGGCAGUGCUCAUGUUUUAUUCAUAGAUUAUGGCAACUCCGAUGUACUCCCUGCAGAAGAUCUCAGGCUGGUGACACCUUCAUUUGGGGAAAUCUUUCCAUUAGCUAUCCGGUGUUCUUUGUGGGGUGUAAAAUCCUUGCGUAAAGGAGACCAGUCGUGCAACACAGAUGCCAAAGACCUUUUGGAACAGCUCACAGAAAAUGGAGCCCUUUGUGAGGUCAUGAGUGAAACUAACACCCACAAGCAUGUUAGACUUGUAGCUGGCAAUAAAGAUGUUGCUAAAGAGCUGAUUGCCCUCAGAGUGGUGGGGGAUGCUCAUGAUUCUGUCCCAACCCAAUCACCUAGUUAUUCAAACAAGAGUCAUCUUUCCAAGGGACAGAAGGAAUUAGUCACUAUAUCUCAUGUUGAUUCUGUGAAGAGCUUCUGGUGUCUUCUAGUUAAAUUCUCUGAUGCUCUGAAUAACUUAAUGGACAAGCUCAGCUUGCACUAUUCUGAUGGAGGUGGUACACCACUGAGGGAGCCUAAAGUUGGACAAGCCUGCAUCAGUUUGUACAGUGAAGAUAACAACUGGUACAGAGGUGAACUCACUCAGGUGUCACAAAAUGGAUGUGAAGUUUUUUUUGUGGACUAUGGGAAUAAAGAAAUAUCAGCACCCAACAUUGUGUGUGUCCCAGAGCCAAAGUUUUUAGAUUUGCCUACUCAAGCCAUUCAGUGCAGUCUUCCACUUUCAGGGGAUUUAACCAGGCUUGUGGAUGCCUUUUCAGAUUUAGUUCUAGAUAAAGAACUGCAACUUGAGGUUCUAGAUGUUGUCAAUGAUGUUGCCAUUGUUGAGCUGUACGAUGGCGAUCAUCCAUUAUCCAAAGUAAUACAGAAUAUGGCAUAUCAAAAUGUGCAAGGCAAUAAAUCACCAGAACCAAAUCCACCUUUGUUGACUGAGAUAAUGCCUCCCAAUAGUUUACCCCUAAACAGCCCAGUUAAAAUGUUUGCAUCUUUUUCAACAUCACCUAGCAAAUUUUAUCUUCAAACAGCUGAAAGUGAGAGCAAAUUGGCAUCCCUAAUGGACAGGAUAACAAAAGUAUAUGUUUCUGACAACCCACCGGCCAAAGUUACCAAGCCUCAAGCAGGUCAGUUUUGCAUGGCACUCUACCCUGAAGAUGAUCAGUGGUACAGAGGAAAGAUUUUAUCUGUCAGUGCCAAUAGCUGCAAUGUUUUCUUUCUGGAUUAUGGCAAUGAGGCAGUGAUAGACUUACAGAAUAUCAGGUAUAUGUUGCCGGACAUUGCCAAAGUGCCCAUCAUGGCAUUUGAAUGUUCUCUUAGUGAUAUAGAAGAUAACAAAUGGUCCAGUGUUGCAAUAGACUAUUUUGAAUCUCUUAUCAUGGAUCAGGAAUUAGAGUGUAUAUUCAUGACCCCAACUUGUGUAAAAUUAAAGAGUAAUGGGGAAGAUGUUGUGUCCCUUCUAGUCAAGGCUGGUCACUGUAAAACUAACUCUUUCUCUAACAAUAAUAAGAGUGAGCAAAUAAUGUCAAAGUCCAAUAACUCAGGAUUUGGUCGUUUUGCGGAAAAUAAAUCUGAUAAUUCUGGGUUUGGUUAUUCCGGUAACAGAUCAACUAAUGAAAGAAAAUUUGACUCUGGACCAAGAGAUGAACCACGUUCAUUUGGAAGUGGUCGCUAUUCAGAUAAGAGUAGAAAUAAUGAUCGUGGAGAUGAUCGGCUACCUCCUCGUGGGUCCAAACGAUCUUCAGAUAGCUCAAGUGAUAAGGACUCUGACAGAGGUUCUUGUGGUGGUUUUGAAAGAUCUAAUUCCAGAAGACAAGGGUCAGAAGGAGGAGACAGAAGACAUGAUAGUGGGUUCAGACAAAAUAAAAACUCAGCUGCUGCUUCUGCAGAACUUACAUUUCCAACUCCUCCUACUGAAACUGAAACUGCCAUACUGGUUCAUAUGGAUGAUGAUGGUACUUUUUAUCUUCAGUUGCCGUCCAUGGAGAGAGACAUAGUAUUUUUAUCCAAAAAGUUGGCUUCAAGUUACAAAACUGGUGGUCCAAGGUUGCGAGAUGAAGCCAAAGUAGGAACAAUUUGUUGCUCCAAAUUUUCUGGUGAUGGAUGCUUGUACAGAUCUCAAGUAGAGGAGCUGCGCGGGAACAAAGUAUUGGUCAGGUAUUUUGAUUAUGGAAAUUGCUCUGAAUGCUCCAUUCAAGACCUCAAGUAUCUUUUUCCAGACUUUUUCCUGCUUCCUGUCUUGGCAUUCCCUUGUCAGUUGAGAGGCUUGGAGUUCUCAUCUGAUAAAAUUGAAAAAUUUUUAGAAGCUACAUUGGAUAAAGACAUUAUGGUAACUUUCACUAGCUUUACCCGUCCAUACCAGGUGGACAUUAAAACUCCCUCUGGUGAUCUUCUUACCUUGUUAUCUGGACAUUCUGCCCCUGCAGCCAAAUUGUCCCCGAAACCUGCUGGCUUUGGUAGUAUUCAAAAUUCAAAUAGCAAACCAAUAGUUGGACAAGUCAGUACAUUUCCAAAGCAGGAAUUUCUUAAGCAGUCUUGUCUCCAUGGAAGUUAUACUGCCUUUAUAACUCAUAUAACCGAUGGUGGCUUUUUUUAUUUACAGUUAGAGAAGGAUAGUACAGUCCUUGAGACUAUAACUGACACACUAGCCAACAUGGAUAGAAACUCUAAACAUCCAAACAUCCAACCAGGAGCUUCUUGUGGUGCCCUUUUCUCAGAAGAUUCCAAUUGGUACCGUGCACUGGUUGUAGGUAAAACUGAUGGUAAAAUCCAGGUGCACUUUGUUGAUUAUGGCAACGGUGAUUCAGUCAAUGCUUCAGAUGUCAUUCCUCUCUCCAGUGAUUUGUUGGCCUUUCCUCCUUUGGCUUACAAGUGCCAGUUCCAGGAACCUUUGAGCUCCGACUCCCAGACCAAACUGGCAGAUUAUUUAAUGGAGCAUUUGAUUACAGCAGAGUUUAUCUCUGGAAUAGACCCAGCUAUUGUUAAAGUUUUCACAAGUGAUGGGCAAGAUAUUGAAGAAAUACUCUGCCCAUCUACGAACUUUAGGUCACAGCUAAUCCCACUUGAAAUAGUCCCUGCAAGUGUGAGUCACAUUGAAGAGAAUGGGAGAAUUUUUCUUCAGUUAUACAAAGAUCAAAGUGCUAUAUCAGAACUCCAGGAAAAUCUAUCUAAUCUAUAUAACAAUGACAAUCUCUUGUCUCCGGAGACAUAUGAAGUGGGAAUGCCUUGCUGUGCACUUGAUGAGGACAAAAAAUGGCAUAGAGCUUGUGUGAAGCUCAUUGAAGAUGAGUUUGUUUCUGUCUUGCUAGUUGAUAGUGGAAAAGUCAUUUCAGUGGAAAAGAAUAGCCUAAAAAAACUUGAACCUCAAUUUUUACAAAAACCUCCAUAUGCCUUGGAAUGCUGGCUCAAUGGGGUAGAGAACUGGACUGGAGAUUUAAAAGCCAAAUUGGCUUCAAUUACAGACAAUAAGAUCUUGAAUGCUUCAUUCCAUUCUUCCACAUUGCCUUAUAGAGUCUCUCUGACAAGGAGUAUUGAACUUGAUCUCCUAGGCCUGCCUGCACCAAUUAGUCCAAGUCCAAUCAAAUCAUCAACUACUGAACAGACUACCAGCUCCCCAUCAAAAGAAGACUUAUCCAAGAGUAGUUCUGAACCUAGCAAGGAGAAUCAAAUUGAUGUUUCACCUGUGAUUUCUUCAACUAUGCAUGGGGAUGACAAUAUGACUGUUAAAAUGGUGACUACUCCAUUGAAUCUUGAAGUGGGUCAAAGAGUAGCGGUCACCGUUUCCUUUGUGGAAAGCCCAGACAAGUUCUACAUUCACUUGGAUGACACAAGAAUUGGUCUGGAUGAGUUGAUGAAUGAAAUGUUUGAGUACUUUACUAACCAAUCAGAAGAUGAUCAAACAGUUAACAACUUGAAAGUUGAACAGUUGUGUGCAGCUUUGUACACAGAUGAAUCAUGGUACAGGGCAAGGAUUAAAAGCCAGCUAGAUGAUGGCACAUACCAGAUCUUCUAUGUUGACCAUGGGAAUAGUGAAAUUGCUGAGGUUUCUACACUGCGAACAUUGCCUGACCAAUUCAAGGAGCAUCCUGCAUGGGCUAUUGAAGGAAAACUGGGUGGUGUUGUUCCUCUGUCUGAAACCUGGACUGAAGAAGCUGUUGAAGAGUUUAAGAAUAUGGUGGAAGAAAAAUCUCUGUUGGCUGACAUUAUCAGCAUUGAGAACUCUGUGUGUGUUGUUCAUCUCUUGGAACUGGGUAUUCCAGUUCAUGAAGUUCUAGUCAAAAAAGGUUAUGCUACCUUGUGUAAUGAAUCAAUGGUGAGUAAAGCAGUCCAACAGGUCUUUUGUGAUGCUAAUGAUAGUACAAUGAGCUCCUGUCUAGAGAGUACACAUGUGGAAGGUGAUGAGAAAACAGCCCAGCAAACCAUGAUGACUACCGGAGCUCAUGCACAACAAAAAAUAAGCUGCAUAUCUAACACACUAGAGGACCAGCAAGAAGUAUCUGCUUUUGUUAGCUAUUCUACUAAUCCAUCUUGUUUUUGGUGUCAACUAUCCAACUCAUCGGACAUACUAUCUGAGAUCAGUGCCUCUUUAGCCUCUUUGUAUUUUGCCCCACAAGAUGAAGACAUCAUUCAUGGGUCUCUAAAUACAGGAGACAUUGUUGUAGCACUCUUCACAGAGGACAGUCAGUAUUACAGGGCUGAGGUGAUAAAUUCUUAUUCUAUAGAGGAAACAGAAACUGUACCCUCAGAAAAGGUGUUGGUGAGGUUUAUUGAUUAUGGGAAUACAAAUGAGACUUCAAGAGAUCAAGUCUUCAAAAUUCGUGAGGAGCUGUGCCAGUUUCCUGCACAGGCCUUUUGUUGUUCUUUAAAUCAGAUCAAAUCAUGUGAUGAUGCUUGGUCUGAUGAGGCCUGCAGCAAGUUCUCUGAUUUGGUCGAAGAUAAGGAGCUACGGCUUAAGUGCAUAGGCAGAAAUAAGAGUGGAACUCUCCUUGUAGAAUUAACCUACCCUGACACAGAGGAGAGCCUGGCUUCACUGCUUGCUGCUGAAGGAUUUGGUCGACUGAUGGAAGGGGAGGCACAGAUUGAUCUGGCAGACUCCAGAAGUGACACCAAAAUGUCAGAAAAUAUUUCCAUGAAUCCAAUCAUGGAGUCAACAGUCAUGGCUGGAGACAUGGUCCAAAGCAAUCUUGAUAGUUACACAAUAGAGGAGCCAGAGAAUGGACAUUACAGACAUCUCCGUCUUACCCAGCUUACAGAAUAUGAUGUGACUGUCACACAGGAUGAGUUGCCCAGCUCUUUCUUUGUCCAACUUGAGCAGCUCAAAAACCAAUACUCAUUUUUAAUGGCAGACAUUGCUGAGCACAUUGUCUCUGACUCAAGUCAAAAUGAUGGGGAUUUCGUUCCAGAGGUUGGGAACUGCUGCCUUGUCCAGCAUUGUGGCAUUUGGUAUCGUGGGGAAAUUAUUAAACAAGACAAUGCAUUGUGGACUGUUCAGUCUGUUGAUCUUGGCUGGGAAGUGAAUGUAGAAGAAAAUGACUUGAAGCCAUUACCUUGUCAGUUUAGAAGUCUUCCUUCCCAGGCUGUGCCCUGCUAUCUGGCUGGCAUUGUAUCAGUCAAUGCAGAAUGGAGCUCAGAUGCAAUUGCAUUUUUUAAAGAAAGCAUUGCCAACCGCAAGCUAAACAUGAACGUCUUAGAGCAUGGAGAAGAUGGUAAAUAUGGGGUCUACCUCUAUGACCUGGAUGACACUAGUGUACAAUCUGUGAACAGGGCAAUGGUUGAUAUGGGAUUUGCUGAUGUUGUACCUGGCUCAAAUAUAGAAGUUGACAUACAAAUGGAGAAGACCCUGGACACAGAAAUGAUUGACCAAUUAGAAGAGUCUUUCAAUGAGGUUUCUAUACUCAAGUGUAAUGAUGAUGGAAAAACUGAGGAAGAACAAGCUGUGUAUGGAAAAGGAUUAUCUUCCUCACAGAGAGGUAAUGUAGACUAUAAUGAUAACGAGUCCCAUUUCUUAAGGGAUGUAGAUAGCUUAGAGGUUCAGCCAGAAGACCUGAGUGUCACACUGGCCAACAAUGAACCUAAAGAUGCUCAGAUUGAAGGAGACAGUGAAAGAAUCAAUUCCAUCUUAAAUAAGGAAGACAAUGAGGAGAAAGUACUCUCAGAUUUUGAUCCAGUGGGCUUGCUCAGGUUGAUGGCUCAAGUGAAACAACACUGGGGAAACAUCACUGAUGACAUGGAGAACUUGAGAGAAAGGAUUGGGGAGAUGACAUCUGUGCCAUUGUCUCUAAUGACUAAAAUCAUCAUUAUGUUUGAUAGCAUCAAGUCUGAUAUACUGUUUGCUAACUAUCAGGUGGGGGAAUUAGAUGCAGCUCUAUAUGUCAGGUCUCACCAUGAUCCUCCCAGUUCCAGCGAUGAAGAUGAUGAUGAUGAUGAUGAUGACGACGAUGAUGACAAUGAUGAUGAUAACGACUUUUUCUUUGGUUCUAGGAGUGACAGUAACGAUGAUGUCCACAGUAGUGACAGGAAAGAGAGUGAGGACAGUGGUGAUGGAGAAAAAUCUAUUGUAGCAUCAGAUAAAAUGGACUCUGUUGUUCAAAGUAUAUGUCCAGAUGUCCCUGAUGUUCAAACUGGUGCAAGUGAAGCCAUUGAAGGGGAAGUAAAAAAUAAAUCAGAUGUUGAGGAAGAGUCAUUGCAUUCUAUUGAGACUCUGCAACCUUUGAUAGCUCAAGACAUAGCAAGUAUUGACCAAGAUUGUUUGAAGGAAGCUUCAGCUGAGCACUAUGGAACAGCAGAUUCAGAUAUUGCCCAAGCCAUGAUUUCACCUUCCAAAGAUGAAGCUUAUAGAGCUAUAAGACAAGAUUUGCCCGCUAGUGAAGAAACUGUGGAAAGUAACCUUGGACAAGGUGAACAGGCUUCAUCAGUAAAUGAAAGUUAUGUUGACUCUAGUUAUCUUGAAGAGAGCAGCAAUUAUGAUACCUCUAGCCUGGUUUUUACAGAAGCUACCAGCUUUGAUCAAAGUAAUGAUACAUCUAUGAGCUAUGUUGUGGCCGAAGCAUCUGGUUCUACCUCAGUAUUUAAUGCCAGCACAACAACAGGUUCCAUAGUAGAAACAUCACUUGCUGCCUCAGACACCUCUACUGUUGGUUCGGUAAUGAGCUCAGAGGUCUCCCAAAUGAAUGUAAGUGUAGCAGGGGCUUCUCUCCUCAGCCCACCCGUGGCUGGGCCUUCCCACUCAAGUCAACCAGCUCGUAGACCUGACUAUAUAAGUCCAUUAGAUGAUAUAUCAUCAGAUAGCAAUGCCACUUACUCCUAUGAAACAUCAUCCUCAGCUUACAACGAAACUUCACCAUCAUCCCUGGAUUCCAUCCCUAAUGGCCAUCACCCAGAUGACUAUGGUGAAAAUGGAGAUUUACAGAAUGAAAAUCUGCAUAUUGAAAUAGGAUCCUCUACAGAAGCCACUGAUUCUUCUGAAAUUGAAAAUGGAUCCCAUGCUGAAGCAGCUUAUGAUUCUGUUUUGGAGAUUGAAAAUGGAUCUUCUGCUGAAGCAGCUAAUUAUUCUGUUUUGGAGAUUGGAAAUGGAUCUUCUGCCGAAGCCACUAAUUCUGCUUCUCAACAUGCCCAAGACGACAAAAGGCUGAGUGAAAUAUUUGGUGCUGACUAUGAUGCUGAUGUCUCCCAAGCAGAGGAAGCUGCUUCUGACAGUCAGAGAAGUACUUCAGAGUCUGAUCUUUCAGUACUUACUGACUCACCCAGGAGCAAAGAUCCAGAAGAGAGAACCAACCCAGUUAGCAAGGAAGAAACUGUGGAGAUUCACCUCAAUCUACAGGAAGCAAAAAAAACUGAAAUUGACUUCACUGUUUUAUCUCCAUGCCAGAAAAAUGAUGAGCUCAGUGAUGAUUCUGGUCCACCAUCUUUUCAUGAAGACACUGUAGAGACACCUAGGGUGAUGGGAGUGACAGUAGAACAGCCAGACAUUGACAGACCAUCUGAAGAUGUGGAAGACUUUUACAAGUUAGAUCUUGGCAUGGAUGAUGCUGAAGCAGCUUCAGAAGUGGCUGGAAGUGAAGAGUUGUCUUCCUUGCUAACAAUGUUGCCUUCUGCAGCAGGUGAUGAGAUGCCUGGUAACAAUAAAGUUAUAAUUUCAUUAGAUGAAGUGACACCUGAUGCAGAGGAACUCACACCUGAUGCAGAGAAAGUGACACCUGUAACAGAGAAAGUGACACCUGCAACAGUGGAAGUGACACCUGCAACAGUGGAAGUGACACCUGCAACAGUGGAAGUGACACCUGCAACAGUGGAAGUGACACCUGCAACAGUGGAAGCGACACCUGCAACAGUGGAAGUGACACCUGCAACAGUGGAAGCGACACCUGCAACAGUGGAAGUGACACCUGCAACAGUGGAAGUGACACCUGCAACAGUGGAAGCGACACCUGCAACAGUGGAAGUGACACCUGCAACAGUGGAAGCGACACCUGCAACAGUGGAAGCGACACCUGCAACAGUGGAAGUGACACCUGCAACAGAGGAGACAUCAAAAACAGAUGUAAUAAAUGCAAUAAAUGAAACUUCAUCUAACGAGUUGUCUGGUACAGAUACAGAUGUCUACUUACCAUCGGAUGCAUUAGAAAGCACCCAAAUUCAGGAGUGUGACACAGACAAGCAACUCAGCAACCAAGGUGAUGGGGAUAAAUCAGGCAGUGAUCCAGCACUUCUUGUUCCUGGUCCCAGUGUGGUCACUGAAGUUAUUCCAGGGGCUGGAGACAACAAUCUUAAGGCCAGUCCAGAAUCCCAGAUCGCAGGGGAAGAAGAAAGUUGUAACUAAUAUUUUACUAAAUAAUUGAUUUGGAAAUAAAGGUUUUCUAUUCAAUCUUUCUAAAUUUGUAUAUUGUCAACAUUUCAAUGUGUCAACCUAUUAAGUGCCUUUUUUUUUUACUUGUCUGUAAAUAAGUUUAUGAAUUCAGUUCAUUUUUUCUCAAGAGUUCUUUUAACAACUGUAUUUGUAAUGAGUUUUAAAAGAAAAGGCAAAAAACACCUUUCUGUCGAUUUGGAUCCCUUGUUGUGGAUCAUUUUGGUUUUGUUAUUUUAUACGUUUUUUUAUUUCCAAUUACUUCUAUGUUACUGAGAAGUAUGUUUAAUAUAUUGACAACAUUUGUUUCAAUGAUUUCCUUUUUUUUUUUAAUGAAAACAUGUUUGAUAUUAAGUUUCUGCUUUCUUUUAUCACUUAAGGUACAACAUACUGCAUUAUCUAAAUUCUAGUUACAUUUUUAUUCCACUAUGUAGACAAAAAUAUGUGGAGGUUUUUUGUUUUUCUCUACAAAAACAUCUUUCUUUUGAAACUCUGGCAUCUGUACUACUUGGUAGGCUAAUAUAUAAAUGUUAUGCAACAAACAUGUACAAAAUAUUUGAGAUUUGAUUUUGUACUGGUUUAACCAUCACCUUUAUUUUUAAAUGUAUGUGUAAUGUAUUCAACUGCAAGUACAUAUUGUCUUAUUAACCUUUGAUUAUAGACUGAAAAUAAAGUGCACACUGAAAUUUAAUAAAUAUUUUACCACAGUAUGCCAUUGUAGAGGUUUUGCAUUUAUAGUAUUUUAUUAGUUAUGGCACUUGUCUGUUGCUAAAAUGUAUAUUCUAUGCAUCUAUUUAAUCAUUCAUCAGUAUAAAACAUUGUACUAUUUAGUUGCAACUGCUUGACAAAUGUACAAAUCAAAUCUAUUACUUUUGGCAAUACUCUACUUACAAAUGCAAAACAAACUGUCAAAGAAAAACUUUUUAAAUUGUUUAGAAUUUAUAGGAAAAUCUCAAUUUUGGUCUGUAUGUGAAAGCCAUUGAAUGAUCAGAUCCAAUAUUUCAAAUGUUUGAAAACAGUUAGUUGUUAAUACUGCCUGUGCCAGAACUUAUUGAAACUCAUUAAAAUGUGAACACCUUGCCUUAGUUGAAUUAUUCAUGGCUCUCACAUGACAGUAAAUUACUGGAACUGUUCCUUGUUGCUAUAACUGCUGAGAUUUGUUCUAGUUUAAACUUGAAAAACUCCAGUGUAAGAUACAUAAGUAUUAUUAAAUUACAUUCAACUUUUAAGAGUUUAUUUCAGCUGUUAUAUUUUCAUUUGGUUUUUCUCCAACUAUUUUGUGUCCAAAUAAAGUGUAAAAAUGUUUGUCAAAAACUAAGAACAAAAUCAGAUGUGUGUGUGUGUGUGUGACUUGUUGUAGACUUUGUAUAUAUAUUUCAUCUUGUUUUGUUUGACUGUUCUAACUUGAUCCCAGUGAUGUUCUCACACCACAUUGAGAUGAUGAGCAAUAGAAUACUGCAAGCUUUUUCAGUUGCUGUUGUUUUGAUGCUUUCACUGAAUUAAAUUUAUAUUCAA